AUGUGUGCAGCCUUGCAGCAAUUGCGAGCUGCCGGAGUUCAGCUGCUUGCCUCCUCGGAUGCAGGGGCCAUCCCAGGCCUGCCUCAUGAUGCGCUUCGUGGGGGUAUCGAGGUGCUGGCUGAGAUGGCGAGGAUGACGCCUGUGGAUGCACUGAAAGCAGCUACGUCCACAUCAGCGGAUGUCCUCGGUUUAGAAACAGAGUGCGGUCGUCUUCUUCCACACCUUUCGGCAGACUUUCUGGUUGUCGCUGGCAAUCCAACUGAAGAUCUAAGUGCCUUGGGGCGUCUCGCGCUGGUGGUAGCAGCAGGGAGUCGCGUGGAGCCCCAAGCUCCGCCACCACCUUGGCCAAAGAUUGCGAGACAAAGUCGCCCGCGCGCGCGGCCUUCCAGGAGGAUAGCAUAG